AUGUUGUUCGCCGGCAUCUUGCCUCUCGAGACGCUCCUCGCGGCUGCGUUCCUCAACUGCAAGAAGACGUGCAUCACCGCCCUCUAUGUCCGUUCUGUGACAUGGGAUAUCGGCAUGGAAAACGAGCCAGGCGAUAUCGGCUUCGACACCCUCGACCCAGCCCAUUGGCCUCUGGACGUCUUCACCCACGUGGCGCCAACUUACCUCUGGGCCCUCCAGCGGACUUAUGAUGCCCGUACCCAUCCCGCGGAGUUUUACAUGGGCCUCCCCAACGCCGAACGCACCAAACCACACGAGAUGCGAUGCUCCAAGUUCUCAUACUAUCUCAACCUGGCACGCAAGCAGGAGCAUAAGAACCGCAUAACGGGGUCGGCUUAG